CCUUCCUGCUGUGAGCGGGAGGUUCCGCUUGGGCCUGGUGCGGAGUCCCGGAAUCACGUGAGGUUGGGGUCGCUCCUUCUGCUUCCGGGUGGGCGGUCGCCAUGGCGAGCAAUGCCGCCAGCCUCAACGCCGUGAGGGAGACGAUGGACGUUCUGUUUGAGAUUUCAAGAAUAUUAAAUACUGGGUUGGAUAUGGAGACCUUGUCUAUUUGUGUGCGGCUUUGUGAGCAAGGCAUCAACCCAGAAGCACUGUCUUCUGUCAUUAAAGAACUGCGUAAGGCUACAGAAGCUCUAAAGGCUGCUGAAAAUAUGACAAGCUGAUGUGAUAGAAUCCUUCUUCAUGAGAAGAGUUCGAAGUUGUAGAGCUGAUAAAGAAUUUGAACAUUGGCUGCUACUUAGAAAUACGAAGUCAAAUUAUAUCUGGAGGUUUCAGAGUAUCUCUAAGUCAUCUUGAAAAAGGCAAUGUAUGGAAGAGCUUAAAGUUGGGUUUUCUUAAAUAGGCCCACCAGUAAUCUUACCACACUUGAAUACUUGGUUAUUUUUAUGAACCAGGGGUGAAUUUUAGUGUAACUGCCCUUCAGCAUGUAGGAUUUUUAAACAGUGUCAGAGAUUGAAGGUUUGCUGAAAUUACUAGUGUGUAACAGUGAAUGUUAUCACGAAUAUGGCUUGUUAACGCAUUCUUUAGAAGUGCUAUUGUGUUCUGUUUAUUCCUGUUGUACUAGUGUGAAAAUAUGUGGAUGCUUUUAUCUGUGGUAAAGGUAGGAAAGAAGUCCCUAUUGAGCUGAUUUUAAUUAGAGUACAGAUGAUGACUUAAAUGACUUAAGUCAUGUUCUGAAAGUAAGAAAUAAAGCACUUUUGAUUAUCAAGAUAAUGACUUGUCCUUCUAAUUCUGUUGGAAAAAGAGUUUUUAACUUGUUUUAGAAAGGAAUUUGGAUGUAUGUAAAUUUGACAUGUAGAUAACGUGGAAUAUCAAAUGCUGUUUGCGUAUGUUCUGAACACUCAACCUGAAAAUAUUAAGCAUAUAUUGUUAAUUACUAGUCAAAGCAUCUUACAAGUAGGGGCUGAUUUAGUUGUGUUAAACAGUCACUUGGUGUAGGGGAGUCUUCUCCUUCAGCACAAACAAUAUCCACUGAUGCAAAAACAAAUCUUUCUAGUGUAUGCAUUAAGCUACUGAACAAAUUAUCAUUCAGUGAAUCUUUUGCAUCCAGGAGUUAUGCUUCUUCAUAGGAAGAAAAUUUUCUUGUGUUUGUCCUCUGCUGCUGUUUUAGCUUUUCCAAUUUUUUGUUAGACUGUUUUCUAAGUAGUGGUGUUAAUAGAACCCAAAGCAGGCUGACAGGGGAAGCACACGUAAUAAAGAUUCAAGGUUCAUCUUUUGUGCGGACGGAAAAGUUCUUUUGAGUUUACAUCACACAUUACUCUAUCUGGGUCACAGCUUUAGAAAACAUGAUAAAUAUCUUUUAUUUCCUAUUACUCUGGCCAAGAAAUCACUCCAGAAAGGUGUAGAAUCUGUGUUAAAACUUCUGAAUACUGUGUGUAAUGUUUUCAAAAGUAUUAAAGAAUCUACUGUAUGGAAAGAUUGACAAUAAAUGUAUCCUAGAAAAAUGUGAGAAAUCAGCAAAGACUGAAAAUGUUAAAAUACUUAAAACAAAUAAGCAGUUGGUUAUUUCACGUUUAACUGGACUCAGUGCUGCAUGUCAAAACCAGAAAAGUAUUCUUGCAGUGUUGACAGGUUGUCAUUUGUUUCUGAAGAGAAUUGCGGAACUAAAAUUUAAACAGCAAAUGUAUCCUCAAUGCUUCUGAAAUUAGAGUGCUUGUGCAUUGGCAGUGUAUUUUUCAGUUCCCAGAUGUUUAGGUAAUAUAGUAAUUCUGAUGGCUUCCCUUGCCACUCCUAUUCAUCACUUUACUGCUGAAAAUACACAAAUGUUUCUAACUUCUGUUACAUUUAUUGUGGUUUCAGUGUUGAUUUUAUGUCCCUGAAAUGUUUAUAAUCAGCUUGCAAAUGCAAUAUGAGUGCAGUGCUGCCUAGGUAAGUUGUGCUUGCCAUUUUAGCAUUGAUGAACUUGGUUUUUACGCACUUAAGCCUUUUUCCAGGACACUAUGUCUCAAGCAGAAUUAUAGAAUCAGGGCAUGUUUUAGACAUUCAAAACUUAAUUUGACAGAUAUAAAAUUGUAUAUAAUACUUUUCUUAUCACAUAGAGCAAGUGGUAAUGUUUAACUUAAAUGUAGGGAGUCAAACACCUUGAAGUCUUGAAAACAAGAAUAGCUAUACUGGUUCCAGCUAAAGGUUUUUUUUAACACAAUAGCUUUUCUUCUAUAGUCAAAAGCAGAUGCCUGAGGAAGAAUAAGAACAAUGCAAGCAUGUUUGGUUCUUUUCCUUCUGUAUUCUAGCUUCCAAAUGUCUUCUAUUCCAGGCUUUCCUGGACAUCAUAUGGUUUGUCUAUUAGCAAUCUCUAAUGCUGUUUUUUCCAGUACUUGUCAAGUUUCCCUAUGACUGUAUAUGCUUCUUGAAUAAAAACAGCUUGUAUCAAAUGA